UUAAUAGGUACCCAGGAACGAAAAACAAACAUUAUAUUUUAGUGGAUAUCACACGCAGGAGUUAAAUGUUUAGUAGUUCAGAAGAUUUUAACGUGUAGUGAAGAUUUACUAAAAUAAGGAUUAAUUGGAUUUUUAAAUAUUUUAAAGAGACAAAAAACCACAGACGUUAACAUCGCUUACCGCUAAACGUAAAAACACGUGUGCCCGACAAAUAAACAGGCAUCAUGUGUUCUCACGAGAAAAUCACAUGGGAAGUUGUCCGCAACACCGUUGCACAUAGAAUGAUCGACAACUCAUUGAUACACAAAUUCACCCCAUCACAGAAAAUACGUAAAAGAACAAAAUUAAUGAAUGCUGAAAUAAAGAAACGCGGCAUUAUUAAAAAUUACAAUGUGUAUAAGACAUUGAAAACCCAUGUUACACAUAAAGUACCAGUCGACUAUGAUACUGAUGACACUGAUUAUCUUAGUGAUGUUGAUUAUAGCAUUAUACACAACUCAAAUUCCAAACUAAAACAGUACAGAAUUAAGAAUUACUCCAGAAUUAAAAAAACUUUUAGUUUGACUAGUGAUGAAGAUGAGAUGGAUCAAACCAUAAAGAGGAUGAAGAUAAAUAGUUCAACCAAGUCAGUAGAAAAAAGAACCAAGAAAUCUGUAAGAAAACAACUCAAGAAAUCUGUAGAUAUAAGACAACAGGACAAUUAUAUCUCCCAAGCAUACUUUUUUGAUAAUAAGGAUGAUGGUGACGAUGAGAAAAGUGAAGCAAUGAGGACGACAAAGAAGAAUAGUAAAACAAAAACUGUGGAGAACAACACAAAAAAAUCUUUGAAUAUAAGGCAAAAAGAUUUUGUCUCUCAAGGAUUAUAUACUAGUGAUGAGAAUGAUGAUGUGAAGGAAAGUCAGACAAUACGGAAGACAAAGGAGAAUAGUAAAGUUAAACCUGUAGAGAAAAGCACUAAAGAAUCUAUAAAUAUAGAACAGCAUUUUACCUCCCAAGCACUAUUUACUAGUGAUGAGAAUGAUUAUGAAAAAGAGAGUCAGAUGAUAUGCAAGACAAAAAAGAAUAACACAGUUAAGCCUGUGGAGAAAAAGUCCAAGAAAUCUGUGAACAUAGGCUGGCAAGAAAUUGUAAAGAAGAAGAACAGAAGUACGACACUUGUGUUUGAUAAUAAACAGCACAUAGAUAUUUUGAAUGAUAGCAAACAGAAUGUUUUUCAAAGUGAUGAAUGUGAUGGUUCAAAAACUAUUUCUAACAAGAGGUCUCUCUCCCCAAAAUUAGAGUCUCAAGAUGACAUGAUAUCCUGUACAACAAAGUCUGCAAAUAAAGAUGCACCACAGAAUCAUAGCAAUACGAUUUCUGUGAUACCUGAAACAGAUUCUCCAUCAAACUCUGGAUCAGAUUCUCAAAAUAAUAUACUUCAUAAUACAACGCAAAACCAUGAAGAUUCUAUAGUGGUGAGAGAAACCAAUUUUGAGUUGAAUGUUCCAAUCACUGCUGUACUUUGUGAGACAGAUCCUAAGGAAGAAAUAAUAAUAAACAGAGAAAAUGAUACGAUGCAAAGAGAAGUAAUAAUAAACAUAGAAAACGAUGCAAUGCAAAAAGAAUUUGUUACUGAUGAAAAAAUGAUGGAUAAGUCGAAUUAUUCAUUGAGUUUACAGAUUAGUUCGAACGACGAAAUGCAUGAAUCCAAAUUGGCUACUUUAAAUAUCCAAUCUUCACCUAUCAACGAUUCACCUUCAUCUAUCAGUAAGAGAUCACAGUCGAGCGUAUCGAAAGAUCGUAGUUGCGAAGAACUAAUAAAAGUGGAAGAAAAGAGCUCGAUAAAUGCAAAUAAUUGCGACGACGGCCUUGUGAGUUCCAAAUCCUCCGCAUUAAUCAACAAUGCCAAGAGGAAUUUAACAUUGAUGUUGGACACCGUCGACUGCACUCAGGUAUCGUCGCUGAAUGCUUCGCAUGACCAGGAAAAAGAUUCUGGGAUUGACGAAGAUUCACAAGAUAAAUUCAUGAAACAAAGAAAUGAAGCCAACAAAGAAAAUCAAAAUAACGUGACAAAAAUCGUGGAGAAAGUCUCUGUUUCAUCUGAGCCUGCGAAGACUAACGAAGUGACUGAAGAGGUGCGGGAGGAUUACAUCAAAGAGACAAAUCUGAAAGUCGACGACAUGACUUUCAAGGAACAGGACACUGCUGAUGAUGCAGAGACGAAGGAACCAGAGACUGAUACUCCUGAAUUAAACCAGACUGAAGAGGAAGAUGCGAAGUUAAGCUGCGAGGUCAAAACAUUGGAAGACCCGUGCAAUGUCCAGAAAAAGCAAAUACAGCCUAAAGUUACGUCCACCGAGAUCGUAAAUAAAAGAUACAAAAUAGUGUGCAAGAGGGAUGACGACGUUAACGUCGCGCGCGAAGAUGCAGAGUGCAAUUCCAGCAAGCACUACACGUCGACGAGUUGUCCAAGUACCAUUAACGACGAUAUCGACGAUAUCGACGAUAUCGAUGAUACGUCUAUCAGGGAGAUCAACGAGAUAUCAGUCGCUCAGGAGACGGAGCACGAAGAAGAUGAGGAGGAUCACGCUAACAUAGCUCGCUGCGUGUCGCCGCGAACGGAGAAACGACUUCAGCAAUUGAAUCUGAUUGUGGACAGCGAUUCUAGCGAUAGCGAAAACGAGAACGAAUAUCGUUCGAUCAUUGAUCGUGACUCCGAGGGUCACACCGGCAAUUCCAAUAUGAGUCACUCGAAUACGGAAGACACAACGAGUCAAAACGACGUUCCGGAAGAAAUGGAUACUGCUGCUUUGCGCCGCGAUGACACUCGCCAAGAUGUUCACGCAGAGCUUGAGAACGACGAGGGGAGUAACGUUUCGGAGAAGAGCGACGCGAAGCAGCGGGAAAGGGUUGAGGACGAUCAGAGGAGUCACAUUUCCGAAGAAAAUAGCGUAGAUGUUUCACAUGACAAGGAUAACGUAAGCAACGAAGAAAGACCCGGAAAUGACGAGAGAAUUUGCACCUCUGGGAAAAGGCAUAACAACCCUGCUUCACCGAACGAUAGUAACAUGGACAAUGAGGAUGACCAACGCCAGAAAGACGUGCGUUACAGACCGUGCAAUUUAGAAGAACUAGUUGAGGACGAAGAAUUACUUAUGGAAACGCUACCAGCGAGUUUAACAUUGGCGGAUAUUUCCGAGGAUGAGGAAGCCUUUAUUUUGAAUAUUCCUGACAAAAUAUUGCAAAACAACUUGCAAGGUCAACUGUUGAUUCUAAAAGAUAAAACAAUCAGAUUCGGCAAAAGUAAAUUCCGAGCAGUGCAUAACAAAGUGAAUACCGUAUCUUGCAUCUUCGCCACUGGCAAACGACAGAAACCUUACAAGAUAGUGAAUCUUAAGGAAAUUAGUACUAUCACGGUACGAGAGAGAUUAUUACGUCCUAUCGAAGACGCAACCGAGCCGAAUUCUUCUGAUGUAGAUAUUUCUUCUAACGAAAAAUCGAGAAAAAAACGCUGUAUAUCGAAGUACUAAUCUUGACAUCAAAUCAGAUUUAUCUUUUUAGACUGUGUUCCGAAAUUCACUGCCAAUGUUGAAAUUCUAUAGUAUACGUAACAUGAACUAUUGAUUUUCAGUACUGGCAGUGAAUUUCGGAACGCAACCUUAAUAUCGUUUUGCCCAUACGCCGGACAAAAUAUACGGAUAAAAUGAAACCAAAAAGAUAAAAAAAUCACAGAUUACUACAAACCCCUACAAAGACUAUAAUAGACAUCUCAGUUCAAUUAUAAACUGGAGAAAUGUUAUAUUUCUUGUUGAUUUUAUUAUGAAACUAUUACAACUCUGUACAGUUUUGACGAGAUUGUCAAUGAUUAUAUUUUUUUAAUUACUUUAAUUAUUUGAGAUUAAGUAAUAUACAUCUAUUAUCAACAUGUAUAUGUUUCUUUUCUUGGUAUUUUAAAGAUAUGAGACAUUUAUUCUAUAUCUAAACAUUUUGAAUAUUACAUAUACAUUUGGUAAUUAAAUCAUUUUUCUACUUAAAACAAUGACAAAAACAUUUUAUAAUAUUCUUUUGAUAUUUUUCUCAACAAAGGUUAUAGAGAUGUUUAAGAGAAUUGACAAUUAACAAUGAGAAAGAAUAUUAAAUAAAGAAUAUUGUUAAUACAUAAGAAUAUUGUUUUCGCAGUUUAAUAAAUAUUUAAGCAAUCGAAUUAAAAUGGUAAUUUUCGAUUGAUGUAUGAGAGAUCGUUUAUAUUUUCAAAGUUAUAAAUAGUACGCAAUAACAUAAAAAAUAUUAUGAAUAUUCUACAAAUGUAUGUUUUCUUUAUUUUUAAAGUGAUAGAGUAGUGUAAAUAAUAAAUA